AUGUCAAACGUCAAGCCCAAAGCUCCUUCCAUUCCUCAAUGGCAACAACCUGCCGCCGCCAACUCCAGUGAUGCCUCCACCUCCACACCAUCGCCGAACUCCGAUGAGACUCCCCGUUCAGAGCUACUAGAGCAAGCGGCCAAGUUUCUACAGGAUGAUUCCAUACGGAACGCUCCCAUCGAUCGCAAAGUAUCCUUCUUAGAGUCAAAGGGCCUUCAAAGCGAGGAGAUCGAUCAGCUCCUCGGUGUCAUCAGAAAUGCGGAGGCGAGCACUAGCGCCAGCAACACAGCGAAAGAGGAGGGCAAAUCUACCCCAGAUCCCACCUCGUCUGAGGAAAAGUCGAAAGCUUCAACCCCCGCGACACCUAGCAGCGUGUCCCAGCGCCCCAAAGUUUCCUCCUCCCCGUCUUCCGCACCCGCAGCCAGCACAACCUCCAAGACGUCCGCGCCUCGCGAGGUCCCGCCCAUCAUCACCUAUCCCGAAUUCCUCGUCCAGCAGUCCAAACCCCCGCCACUCGUCACCCUCCGCAGCACCCUCUACACCCUCUACGGCGCCGCCGGCCUCGGCGCAGGUCUCUACGGUGCGAGCGAAUAUCUCAUUAAGCCCAUGCUCGCCACGCUCACCAGCGCACGCCUGGACCUCGCCCAAACCACCACCACCAACCUCACAAAGCUGAACGAGAGACUCGAGCAAACCGUCUCGCGCAUCCCACCCGAGCUCACCACCCCGAAACCCCAACCAACCGACUCCGCCCUCUCCGACGAGGACACCGACUCCAUCACCUCCGACCCCACAGAGCUCUUCCACCGUGACGUCGCAACGCAGACCUCCCAGGAUUUCGCCGCCUCCUCCCCCUCCUCUCUCUCCGCAGGCAAGACCGCCGCCGGCGACGACAGCACCAUUCCCGACCCCACCGCCACAGUCACCACCCACCACAAGCGCCUAGAGACCAUCACCUCGCAGCUCCGUGACUUCGACAGCACAGAGAAAGACUCCGAUUUGCUGGGCGGCUCCAUGCGCUCCAGCCUGAACGAGCUGCAGCACUACCUCGACGGCCUGCAGUACAGCAGGUCCAGCUAUGCGCCGUCCACGGGCUACGGCGUGUACAGCACAGUGAGCACGGAUACCUCCGCGGGUUCCUCGGCGGGCAUCACCAAGGCAGAGGAGGAUGCGAUUUCGAGCUUCCGUGCGGAGAUUAGAGGCGUCAAGGGGGCUUUGCUGAGCGCGAGAAACUUCCCUGCGAGCCGUGGGAGAGUUGCUGGCAUUGCUGGUAGAUAA